CGGAGUUGGCAACAGUGUCGAGGCCAGUGUUGACAAACAUGUCUGAGGCGGAGGUGGUGAGGAACCGCAGCGAGAGUUUUGCCAGCCUCUUCCUGUCCUCAGAAGAUAAUCAGUCCACUCACGCUUCAGCAUCAACUGAUAGUGUCCGGGAUGGAGACGGUGAUGUUCCAAAUGAGUACGGCAACACCAGCAUGGAGUCCGACAACAGUGAAUACCAGGAACUACAAGAUCAGGUUCAGACUCCUCCCAUAUGUACCUCAAACAGUUGGGAGAUGAACUACCAUGAGGCAGCUAUAUUUUUAGAGGAAGGUGAAAAUAAUGACAAGUUCAACAGCCACCCACGUGAUCGAGAUGCUCUUCCUGCAUACAUUGUCACACACAACCACUGGUUUUAUUCCUUGGAUCUGUGUGCUGCUCUACUGCUCAUGUCUCUGGCUACCAUAGAGCAGCCAGCAGUCUUUCACGGUGUCCCAAUAGGGGUUCACGGGUCCAUUGAGCUCUUCGGCCUCUUUCUUCUGGGGAUCUCCAUCGUGAUGCAGCUUCGAUGGCUGGGUUUCCGCACCUUCCUGCAACACAAACGCUCCAUGGUUAAAUCCGUGACAUGGGUGGUGAUGAUUCUAGAGGCGGUCGUCGUGAUAGUGAGAGACCACACUCAUUUCCGUGUUACCCGAUCAUUGCGCCCCAUCUUCUUUGUCGACAGCAGAUAUUUAGGGGGUGUUCGCAGAUUUCUGCGGCAGAUCCUUCAGUCUGUGCCUCCCAUCCUUGAAGUCUUGGGAAUCCUCUUCUUCGUCCUCAUUAUUUUCACCACGCUGGGGUUUUACUUCUUCAGCCCCAAUCAACAGAAUCCUUACUUCACGACCUUCCAACAAGGCUUCGUCUCCCUCUACGUUCUCCUGACAACUGCCAAUUUCCCAGAUGUGAUGAUGCCAGCUUAUGCCAAGAACCCAUGGAGUGCUGCAUUCUUCAUUGCAUUCCUUGCCAUCAACCUCUACUUCCUCAUGAAUCUGAUGCUUGCUGUGGUGUUUGUUGUUUUUAGUGACAUUGAGAAAGACAAGUUUAGAAAACUGCUGGUACAUAAACGAAGAGCUUGCCAGUAUUCCUUCCGGUUGCUGGUGACGAGGUCACAGCCAACACAUAUUCCUUUCAGACAUUUCCAGGGACUUCUCAAGUUCUUCAGGCCUCAUACUAGUCACCGAGAUUCCUACCUUAUAUUCAAAGCCUUAAAUAGGUCUGAAUCUGGUCUUUUAAGUCUUACCGAGUUUUACAACAUAUACGAAAUAUGUGGAUUCAAGUGGAGGCCGUAUGAACCACCCGAGCCAUGGUUCAAUGACCUUCCUGAUCCCCUCCGUGGAGCUUGUUACCUCAUACGGAGACUCGUCAUCUGGAGGUGGUUCAACUUCUUUGUCUGGGACCUUAUUACGGAUGCAGUAAUUGUGGUGAAUGCACUGACCCUCUUAGUUAGCACCAUUCUACUGUCAGCUAGCGGGCAGCCCAUCACACACGACCUUCACGUAACCUGGGACCAGAUAAUUUUUGUAGCAUUUUAUGGUAUGGAGGCCAUUAUAAAAAUGAUUGGGCUGGGAUUUAAGCGAUAUUUCUACUCUGGUUGGAACAUCUAUGACUUCAUUGUCACUGUGUUAUCAAUGUCUGGCAUCAUCGCAGAGCAGUUUGACAAUUCCUUCUUCUACGUUGUUAUACUUAGGCCGCUGAGGCUCCUCCGACUGUUCAGGAUGAGAAAGCGUUACAGAGACGUCUUCCAGACCUUGGUCAUCCUCACCCCACGAGUCAUUUCAGCCAUUGUGGUCAUCAUCAUCACCUACUACUUCUUUGCCAUCAUAGGGAUGGAAAUGUUCUCCAAAUAUGACAUGAAGAAUUGUUGUGUGAACACAACAGUGGAGCAGUUCUACAAGGAUGACAACACUACAGUUUAUGUGAACUAUUAUUAUCUCAACAACUUUGAUAACAUCUUCAUUGCUGGAGUCACAUUGUUUGAACUGACAGUAGUCAACAACUGGUUCAUCAUCAUGGAAGGUUAUGCAGCAGUAACUAAUGAGUGGUCCAGGCUGUAUUUCAUGCUGUUCUACUUGGUGAUGAUGGUUGUCAUGUCUGUUGUGGUGGCCUUCAUCUUGGAGGCCUUUACCUUCCGCAUGGAGUACAAUCAGACUGUGCAGGGCGAUAAGGACAGAGAUGAAGAAAAUGUAUUUAUCAGUAUGGACCUAACAAAAGAAGAAUUGCGAUUUGUAUACAGUGGUGCAGUGGAUACUCCCACUCUCCAACAGUAUGCCAGAGAUCUUGAAACCCAGGGAGUUGUCAGGUAUGAGGGUAUGCGGAGGAGGACGCGAGAUGUUCUGCAGCGUCGUAUGUAUCAAGAGGAAAUUCCCGGUUGGUUGGUAGAGGCUGACAGAGAGUAUCAGGAUAGCCCAGGGUUGCCAGCUCCUCAAGCAGUAAUAAGACAACACACAGAUUCUGUACCCAUAAGCUCUCCAUCGGUGCAUGAAACCUCGCAACAAACUCCACCUUCAUUUUAUGGUGCCCUUAAUCCAAACACUUCCACCGAGACCCAAAGAAAUGAAAUAUCAUUCUGCUGACUUAAAAUUUUCAUUUGACUGUACUUUUAUACCAAAUUUCCUCAAGUAUGGUAAGUAGGGGUAAGAAGCCUCCCUUCUGGAAGAUUCCCCAUUUCUCAGAGAAUUUCUUUAUAUAUAUUUUGUUUAAUGCUUAUAUAUAAUUGUCAGCAGUUUCUUAUCUAUUUUGAUAAGUAAUUCUUUAUUUAUUUGACUGGCACCUUUGGACAACUCGUGAAUUAUAGCUCUGAGUCCUGAGUUGUAAACCUGCAUUAAUCAUAUGACAUCACAGACAAAGAUUAGUUAUGCUUCUCUGUCUCAACCUGGUCCCUAAAAGGAUUCUUUGGAACAAAAGCCACCAUUAAGGUGAGGAGUAAUGAAUCAUCAGCUAACAUGCAAAGUCAACCUUCAUCCUGGCCAGUCAUAUUGGGAUUGUCCUGGGUCCACUAAUUCAGUUCCAGUUUAGACUUUAUGCUCUCUGGACAGAUCCCUGGUACAGUACCUGGAUCUCCUUCACCCCAACAGGGACACUGAGAUACAGUGUUUUGUAUUUGUUGCGAGCAAUAGUGAAGUAUUGGAUUGAUCCACACAGUUCUCAAUGUUUAUGGCUUUGUGUGAGUCUUUCACCUUGUUAAACUGUGCCGAGUUCCCUAAAAUCUGGAUUAUAACUUCCAGGAUUGCACCACAGGAGGAAAUGUAAGGUUGAGUGGACCCUUUUAUUAGAAACUGUUAUGUUGGGUCAUUGUGAUUGGUGUGACCAUUACACCUAGCAGCAUGAUUUCUUGUGUCAGAUUUUAGACUUGGUAGCACUGUUUAUACCAGUCUCCAAUGCCAAGAGUCAACCUGCAUUAACAACUCAGGAUUCAAAGGUUUCCAAGUCCUAGGGCCAACCAUAAAAUGGGAUUUCAGAAUCAGCUCUUCUUUUAUUUAUCAAUUCCCCCCCCACCCCAAGCUUCCUGCCUUAGUAGUGUUGCCUACAGUCACAUCCGAUUACCUGUCAUCUAUCAGUGCAAUAUUAGAAUUGUCAUACAAAUCAUUUUAUCAGGAUAAAUCAACAAGAAAAUAUAUGGAGGUUUAUAUCUCUUCUAAGAUUCCUCCAUAAUAAAUAUCCAAGAAUUGACCUCUAAGGUAUCAUUACAUAAGUUACAUUCUUCCUCUUUUGCUCACCCACAUUUGUAUUCUUUACCGGAUAUUCCCUAUUUUGGUUUUCCAUCAGACAUAUAGGAAACAACAUACCAUAUUGAUUUGCUUUGUUGAAACCAUAAGAACUGAAAAUGUAUAUGACACAAUUAUGCAGUACCAUAUGGAAACAAAUUGUGAAUAUGAGGCUAUAGUUUGUUAUGUAUGAAAUUUUAAUUCAAGAAUAGAAGUUUAAAUUAGGAACUAGAACUCACUUAUCAUCUUUUUAUUCAAUGUUCUGAAACCAUGUUACUGUCACCUGUUGUACACUUGUUAAUGAGCUCAGAGGUGACUGGCAAAGGAGUCAUCCAUCUUUCCCCAGACCUGCUAAUUGCAUAUGGUUCAUAGCAGACUAAACAAGGCCAAUCUUCUUCAUCCUCAUAACUCCUCCUUCAGUUUUCGUGCUGUUUUUGUCUGUAAGUAUUAUCUUUUGAAGUGUAUUUUUUCCUUUUCAGUAAUUUUUGUCUUUAGCAUUAAGCAUUUGUGUUUUAUCUUUCUUCCAAGAAUUUCUUGUAUGGAGGUCCAGUUAUUUAUAUGGGUUGUUCAGCUGUACACACUUUUAAGCACAGCCUUUAUUGGAAAAGUCAGUUCAAAUUAGUACAACUUUAACAUAUACUGUAUGCAGCAGUUACUAUUCUGAUUGAACUCUGCUAUGUUCUAGUGCCAAUAUUUAUGCCCUGUUCACACUCAUGACCAUAGGAAAGUAUUCAAGAUUUUGCUGUGUCUGAUAAGAGACAUUACAUACAGAGAAUUGUAGAGUGGCAGAGAUCAGAGUAAACAGUUCAUAUUUUGUUACAGGUUUAGCUUCUUUCUAAACUAAGAUCUCAGACAUGAUAGUGAAUAUCCGAGCAUUUAUCAUUGUUAUUCACAACUCUAAAUAAUGAACUUCAUGGACCUCCUGCCAGUGGUUGUGGUACAGUUUUUUGUACAGUGGUUGGUUGUGCAGCAGCAUCAUGGAGAAGGUGGCUUUGUAACAAUUGGUUGUGAAGCAAUUAGUCACCAUUUGAUUCCUUUGUCAUCUUAACUGCACCAAAAUAUUUUUUGAUGUAGAACUUGUCAUUGUAUUGCCAAAUGCCACACUCAUGAUCAGGUUUUAUAAUACAAGACCUGUUACUGAAGUUAGAGGAGUCCAAAGACAUGUUUUUUUUUUCCACAUUUUAUUCAUUGCCAUCCAUACAGUCACCCUAUUCAUAAAGCCAAGUUUGUAUAGUCUUUUAAGUCUACUCUUCAGUUUACUGGAGUAACAAAUAUUUUACUGACUUUCAUGAAAAUUAAAUAGAAAACAGAAAUAUAAGGAAAGAUUUUUGAUAUGUUGUGUUGUGAUAAACUCACAAGUUAUAGAAAAUCAUUUGAUUAGAUGGCAGCACAUACUUGACAUGAAAUUUGCAUUAAUUUCAGGCUUACUUAUAAUGUGGAGAAAAGGCUUCUUACCCCUCUGGGGUGUUUUACUCAGACUCAUCCUGUUAGGAUUGUCCAUUAAAUGGUACAGGACACUGGAUAUGUGUAGGAGGCUGUUACACUUAUUCUUAUAGAUAUAAGGUUGUAUGACAUGAAAUUGUAAUGAAAUACAAUUCCGAUAAAUGGUAUUUUUAUAUGUAUAAAGCUAUAAUAAUUUACCAUACAGGUGACUAUAUUAAGGAUUCCAUAGUGCCAAGAGUGUAGUAGUUACUGAAUGGAACAUGAAAACCUUUUUAAGAUUCUUCCAAACAUAAAACUUUUUAUAGCUCCUGAUGUUUAGUCCAAAUAUGAUAUUAAUUUAUAACUGAUUGAUAUGAGAACAUUUAGUGUGUGUAUGUGUAUGUAUGUUUGUAUACUGUAUAUACGUGUAUGUUAAAGAUAGACCAUUUGAUAAUUUUUGUUGUCAUUUUAUCCCAAACUGUUAGUGAUAUUGUUGUGGAAGCUGUCAGUUGUUUCAAGAACUUGUUGAAAAUGAUUGUUAGAAUAUUAUAUUUUUGUACAAAUCAUGGAUUAGUUGAAAGAUCUCAGUUGGUUUGAUACAUCUCAAAAUGAUCAAGGUUGUAACCUGCAUAAAAUGUAACAUUGUUAUUUUUUAUAGUGCAAGCGGUUGGUGACUGCUUCACAUUUGAGAUAGCCAAGCCAAAGUAAUUUCUUCAAGCAAUAGCUGUCACCAGUGUUAUUAGAUCUUCAGUUCAGCAUUUGAAGGAAUAAAAAAAAAAGGUUAAUAAGCAAAUUGUUCU